AUGAAGCUUUUCCAUUAUGUCUGUGUGAUGACGAGUAUUCUGGCUGCUUCCACGCAAGCCGAUUUCCUCCUGCCCAUCGAGGAUGCUUUUGCUAUAAGUGGCCGUGGAGUCUCUGUUACUGGGAAAGUGGAACGUGGUUCUGUGAAGAUGGGAGACGAAGUCGAGAUCGUUGGUUAUCGUUCCUUUCGUUCGGUUUGUGCAGAUGUCGAAAAUUUCAAUAAGGUUCAGGGUCAAGUCACCGCUACCGCUGGUGAUCAAGUCGGGGUGUUGCUCAGGGGAAUAAAGCGCGAAGAUGUCGAGCGCGGUCAGGUAAUGGCCACUCCUGGAUCUAUAAAAGCAUACCAGAGCUUUGAAGCUAGUGUGCACCUCUUCGACCAGGAGGACGGCGGUGCUACUAUUGUUAAGAACUCUUCGAUAAGAUUGCAGAUCCGUACCGCCUCGCUAUCAGGCCGUGUGCAACCGACAGGGGAUGCUGAUAAGAUCAAACCGGGAGAAACAACUCAUGCAAAGAUUAUUCUUGUUAAUCCAGUGGCCCUGGAGGAGGGCCAAGAGGUGCUUGUGCUGAACAGGAAUGGGAAAAAGAUUGGAACUGCAACUGUAUCUAUGCCCCUGGAUUCGUGA